AUGCAUCCUGGAUGCAUCGUGGGACGACUGCCCAGUCUGCCGAACGGCAUCAACGAUCGCCUGAUGGGCCUCCGUCUGCCUCUCCGGCGGGGGGGCCAAUCCGCCACCAUCAUCAGCGCCUACGCUCCCCCAAUGAGCGGCCCUGACGCCGUCCCAAGAGACGAAUUCUACAAGGACCUGCACGCCCUCCUGGCGACUGUGUCGAAGGCGAACAAUUUGAUUGUCCUUGGCGACUUCAACGCCCGCGUCGACACAGACCAUACUGCCUGGAGGGGAGUGGUGGGUCCCCACGGUCUCCGCGGCUCAAACGACAAUGGUCUGCUGCUGCUCCGCGACUGCGCAGAAUACCGCCUCAUCAUGACGAUCACGUUCUUCUGUCUGCCGGAGCGAGAGCAGGCCACCUGGAGGCAUCCUCGGUCGCGUCAGUGGCACCUGCUGGACUAUGUUCCCGUCCGGAAGCGAGAUCAGCGGGACGUGCUGGUGACAAAGGCGAUCGCGCGUGCUGACGGGUGGACCGAUCAUCGCCUCGUCAUUUCGGAAAUGCGGAUUCGACUACGGCCUCACAGGAGACCACAAGGUAAGCGACUCCCAGGUAAGCUGAAUGUUGCCUUGUUGUCUUUGCCCGCUCACCAUCUCCAUUUCAGCAAUGAGCUAGCUCAACGGCUAGACAACCUUCCUAUCGCUGCCGCCGACGCCGCCGCUGCCGAGAACGCCUCCGUGGAGAACCGCUGCUGUCAACUGCGAGACACGGUCCAGUCGACGGCGCUCGCCGUCCUCGGUCGCGCUCCCCGCCAACACCAGGACUGGUUCGACGACAACGACGCCGCCAUCAGAAAUGUGCUAGCUGAGAAGAACCGCCUACACAAAGCCUACGUAGAUCACCCCACUGAUGCCACUAAAGCUGCCUUCCCGGCGAUCUUGUCUUCUUUUUCAAGCAUACAGUUCAGUCUCAGCGACCAUCCUUGUCGGCCCUCAGCAUGA